GAGAACUUACUUGCUCCCUUCGUCGGCAGGUUAUUUCGCUUUUCCAGACCGCACGAGUCCUCAUGUAAAAUUGUGCUAAAUGUUCUGCUGAACCUCGGCACCUUUUUCAUUACAGGGCUUGCCAGUGGAACGGGUUUCUGUUGCGGACCGUGUGCCCUUUCCACUUCCUUCCCUCGUAAUCCUUCCGCUGUCUACCACGUUCUAUUCGGAGCCAUGAAGAUCCGACCUCCAUUUCAUUUUGUGUGAGGUGCUGUUAGGUGAAGGGCUGUCUCAGACGAAGACACAGCUUUUAAAUCGCUAUGAAUGCCGCUAUGAAUGCUGUAUACCGGGCCUUCCCCUUCAUGCUGCCUCGACCUAAGAAACCACGCUUGAAGCCAGACGUGCUGCCAGACAUUCCACGAAUGGCAUUCACGUCGCUUGGCUAGCUGGGAACACUGCUUUCACUCAAAGGUGUUCCGUCACAAAGCUCAUGCUACGAUGCCUCUCCGAUCGACUUUACCCGGGAACUUAUUUUACAGCCCAAACGCUGGGCAUCAUUUCGCAUGCAUGGUUCUCGAUGGGAAGUAACAUAAAGGUCCCAUCGGGUCUAAACCUGCCGUUCCGUUCUUUCUAUUUUACCUCUCACAGAGCCAUUUUUGCUGACAGACCCGGACUGGCUCGAUCUCACAACUUCACGUCUAGUAUUGCAGGGUGUGGUCACUUUCACUUGAGAAGCCUCUCACGAUCCUUCUUGGCUGUCAUGCUUAUUCUCAUUGACCCCAGAAUGCUUAUUUUGCAUACAGUCAGCUUCUGAACAAUCUCACCACUCCGCUGCGGCCCUUUCACGGGACAGUGGGCCCCUACAUUCAUGGAAGAUACUUAAGAGUUCAUGCCUAGGACACAACUUUCGCUCGGGACACUCUAGUGGAGUACCCUGCCUGCAAAAAUGUUGUCUCUCGUUACGAGUCUUCUUUCUCUGCUCUGUACUGCUGUGUUCUCUACUGCUUCACCUCUUGAACCUCGAGCUCCGGCAUGGGAGUUCAACGUCAGAGGCAACUCUGGAAUUGUCGCGUUGGAAGCUAUUGUGGUGUCCCCUACGCUCGUUGUCAUCUUCGACAGAGCUUCCGAUGACCCACUUCAGAUUAACAAUCACUCUGCUUGGGGCGGUCUCUGGAACCUCGAAACUAAUGAAGUCACGGCUUUGGACGUUCUCUCGAAUUCGUUUUGCGCCAGUGGUGCACUUCUAAGCAAUGGUACUAUGGUUAGCAUCGGUGGUGAUCCUCGAGGCUUUGUCAACAAUCCAACGAUCAAAAACGGUACCACGGGUCUUCGUCUCUUUGAACCCUGUGAUGACCCUGCAGGAGUUGGUUGCAUGUUGUUCGAGGAUCCCGAAAAUCUUCAUCUUGCCGAACCAAGGUGGUACCCUGCAUCGAUUCGUAUUCCUGAUGGGAGUCUAAUGAUCGUCGGUGGCAUCCACGAGAAUACUGGUUUCUUCAACGACGUCGAGCGAGCAGCCAAUAGUGUCGAGUUCUUCCCUCCUAAAUUCGGUGGUGUGCCCAGACCGUCUGAGUUCUUGAAGAGAAGUCUGCCUGCGAAUCUCUUCCCACGAAUUUUCCUUCUUCCAGACGGGAAGGUCUUCAUGGUCGCUAACAACCAGUCUAUCAUUUAUGACAUUGAGACUGGCGAUGAACGUAUUCUCCCUGAUCUUCCUAACGGAGUCCGUGUAACAAAUCCUCUCGAUGGUUCCGCCAUCCUUCUCCCACUUUCCCCACCCAACUUCACUCCCGAGGUUCUCGUCUGUGGUGGUACGAAUAUCAGUGACGCCCUUGAUCCGAGCCAGAUUUCCAGUCAAACGCCAGCCUCUGACCAAUGCAGCCGUAUCGUCUUGACAGAAGAAGGUAUCAAAAAAGGUUGGAUUAUAGAAAGGAUGUUGGAACCUCGUAUCAUGCCAGAGCUAGUACAUCUUCCGAAUGGCCAAAUUCUGAUUAUCAACGGAGGUCGAUCUGGCGUAGCUGCUAUCUCAAAUGUCCCUGACCCGAUCGGCAACUCGAACGCUGACCAUCCUGUCCUUACGCCUUCAUUGUACACUCCUACUGCAGCACUUGGACGGAGGAUCAGCAACGCUGGUAUGCCCACUAGCGAAAUCCCUCGAUUGUACCAUUCCAGCGUUACCCUCACACCACAAGGCAACUUCUUCGUUGCUGGAAGCAACCCCAACGUUGACACCAACCUUACUGUCGAAUUCAGUAGUGAAUUCCGAGUGGAAUCCCUGGACCCCCCGUUCAUGUCGGUACCGCGACCUAGAAUCCUGACUGCACCAUCAAAGAUAGGUUUCGGCAAACGCUUCACCGUCCCCGUCAGUAUCCCUUCCAACCUCAAGGCGUCGAACAUUCAAGUUGCGCUCAUGGAUUUGGGUUUCUCGAGCCACGCAUUCCAUUCUAGUGCCCGUUUGGUGUUCAUGGACGCCCAGCUCUCUCGGGAUCGCAGGUCAUUGACCAUCACUGCUCCUCCGAACCGUAACAUCUUCCCGCCUGGUCCUGCGUUCAUCUUCUUGACUAUCGAUGAUGUAUCAAGCGAGGGGCAGCGCGUAAUGGUAGGCAGCGGCGCUCCCCCUCCGCAAACUGAUUAAGAACACAAAUUGCGACGCACGACCAGAGAGACGAUCGAAUGGUUAGUUCUUGUAAUUCUCGCUAACUCGAAGUUCGAUAAGUUCGGAAUCAUAUCAAACUCGUGUUCUGAUCUGCUGUAUGGUACCGAAGCGUACAAUUGAAUAUGGUGUCCAUCUGAACUUGAAGCACGCUUGCCGUUCUAUGUGUCUAUAGACGCUCAGCGCUCAUCCCUUGCUUAUCUCGGCAUGGUUCUCAGGCUUGGGCUUUCUGAAUGAGUCUGAAUUUCAAUUCUACUACUUGUCUGCAUGUCACCUGUCUAGCAACAUGACAAGUUCUGAACUCAACUUUCGUAUCUCCAUAGCAAUCAG